AUAAGCUUUUUUCGGACGGAUGUGUGCAUCGCGGUUUCUAUUGCUGUAAAUGCGGAAAUUUCCACAGUGUCAGGUCCUCGAUUGUGCAAAGCUCCAACCGAAACCAAUGUAUGUGGUUUUUGACGUAAAACGUGAUUGUUUUGCGUGGUAAUAUUGUUCUUGGACGUUUGAGAACAUGGGCCUAUUUCCUUGGAUGUCGUCUCUGGUUUAAGGUGCUUGAAUGACUAUUUUAUGGUUUUGUGGAAAGCAAGCGUAGUAAACUUCAGCUAAUUCAUUCAUCGAAAGGUCUCUAAACACUACUGGAAGAAUUGCGUGAAAGCGCUGCUGUCAACAUGGCGCUACCAUCUUCAAUAACAUAGGAGAAGUCCUUAACUUUUCAGGGUCUUGUAAGCUUAUAGUUGUCGAAAACCAGCGAAUGAGUUUACGUUGAGGAGGAAAGCAUUUCUACAAAGGCCUCACCAUGGCUAAUGGGACAGUUGAAGCUCUAUAUCCCUAUUCUUACGAAGCUGGAGACGGACGAACCAUUACGUUUUCUACUGGAGACCGUUUCACGUUACUAAACAAGACAAACGGUGAUUGGUGGCAGGUUAGGAAGGGUUCAGAGAAGCCCAUGUACGUUCCAGCGUCGUACAUGAGGGAAAUUGUCGAGAGAAACACUACCCCAAUUUACGAAAAUGUCGAAAAUUUUGAAACCCACCGCCCGUGCAAUGGUGAAUCCGUGAUUAUGGAGGAAAAUGGCUCGGAGAGCCGCGAGGAGGAAAACAGUUCGAACGAAGAGAAUUCGAUACCAAAUGGUGACAAUCACUUCGAUCAUCAAAAUAACGAAGGAGUUGAAAAUCUAGAGGGAAGCUCACCCAGGAAUUCAACUGAAUCUCCUCGUUUUAGAAGUGCCUCAUCCAGUGUCAAGUCGCUGGCGAAGUCACUGGAAUUGUCCGGUGCCCGUCCAGGAGGAAGUUUUUCAUUGCCAAGACCUGAGCGACCUAAAUCACAGUCGCUUCCAGUUGGUUGGGUUUUGAUGCAUGACGAAGCAAGUGGUCGCCCAUGCUAUGUCAACACCAAGACUAGUGAGACAAGCUGGAAACCCCCCAGGGUAUCACGGUCGAGGACUCCUCCCUCAAGCCCUGGGUGGCAGACACCUCCCUUGGGAUGGCGCAUCUCACGCAGCAGUUCAACUGAUGAGCUUGUUUAUGUAAAUGAAUAUAAUGAGGAAGAAGUGAGUAUGCUUUUGAUUUCCGAAGAUUACUGA